CCCGGCCCGGAGCGGGCGCACGUGCUGCCCAGGCCUCCCGCCCCGGGCGGCGCCGGAGCCUGGGGACCCCUGCCCGGAGCCGAGCCCGGAGCCUGCGGAGGCCGAGAGCCCGGGCCCUCUUUGUACCGAGCGCGCGGUCCGGGAGAGGCCCUGGCAGAGGCGGCCGGUGGCGCCGAGCGGUUCGGGGAAGCCAGACCCUGCCCCACGCCCGGGGAGAGGAAAUUUCCACUCUCGCCGCUAUCUUGUGACUCGUCCACGCUGCCACCCGGUCGGAAGAGUAUGAGUUUGAUCUUGCUCUUCUACCUAGUCUUUUAUGGGUUCCUGGCUGCACUCUUCUCCUUCACAAUGUGGGCUAUGCUUCAGACGCUGAACGAUGAGGUUCCAAAAUACCGUGACCAGAUUCCUAGUCCAGGACUUAUGGUUUUUCCAAAACCAGCAACUGCAUUGGAAUAUUCAUUCAGUGCCUCUGAUCCAGAGUCCUAUCAAAGGUACACUGAAGACCUUAGGAACUUUCUAAAACCGUAUGAUGUAGAGGAACAGAAGAAUCUCACAGCCUGUUCUGAUGGACAACUUUUUGUACAGACGGGUCCAAGUUAUAAGGCAUGUCAGUUUCCUGUUGCCUUACUUGAAGCCUGCAGUGGUGUGGAUGAUCCAGAGUUUGGCUACUCCAAAGGAAAUCCUUGUAUUCUUGUGAAAAUGAACAGAAUAAUUGGGCUAAAGCCUCAAGGAAACCCAAGGAUAGAAUGUAUUUCAAAGACUCAAAACACAGCAGCUAUUUCAACUUACCCUCCCAAUGGAGCUAUAGAUUUAAAAUAUUUUCCAUAUUAUGGGAAAAAACUACACGUCAGUUAUCGGCAGCCAUUAGUUGCUGUCCAGGUCUCCUUUAAUGCUAGCAGCAGUACCGUAAAAGAAGUAACAGUCGAAUGCAAGAUUGAUGGCUCACCCAACCUGAAAAACAAGGAUGAUCGUGACAAGUUUUUAGGACGAGUUGUGUUCAAAAUCACAGCACGUGCAUAGUAGAGUUAGGAGAUCUCCGCAGAGUAAAUGUUGUGUUGUCUGUCUUCAUUUUGUAUCAGCUGGACCUGCCAUUCUAGAAUUACGAGACCACCUUGGAGAAAGGUGGGUGGUGCGUGACACGGGGGGAACAUCAGACAUGCUUUCAGAUCAUAGUGUUCAGUGUCCUCUGAAGUAACUGCCUGUUGCCUCUGCUGCCUUUUGAACCAGUGUACAGUCGCCAGAUAGGGACCACGAACAGCGACUCUGACCCUGUAGUAGGGGGGUUUGUCUUAUUUUUAUGUGGUUUAAUUGCCAAGUGUCUAAAGCUUAAUGUGCUGUGCUAUGUAAAUAUUUUCUAGAUUUAACACUGGUUAACUGUCCUAUUGUGAUGCCAGCCAAGUUUUACGGAUAAGUGGUACCUGAACAACAUCAAGUGACUAGAACAGCUGCAGGAAAUGUGGGGUGAGGAGCUCUGUAUGUGAGGAGGAAAAAAGAAAAUAAAAGUGAUUUGAAAGGUUGA